UGCUUCCUGCGCCCACCCAAAAUGGCAGAUGACUGUCACAGUUGAACAUGCAACAAGUUCUAUGUUAUAUCGACUAUAUAACUUAACUAUCAAUGAUUUGAAUUAAUCUAUAACCAGAAAUUAUUCAUUAUUCGUAAAUAUUACAUUUUAAAACAAGUUGAAGGUACAAAAGACGUGAGAAAAAUGAACUGAUUUAACUCGUAUAUAUCGCACCCAUUUUAGUGACCUCAUAUUAUCCUGGGGAUUUAAAUUGUGAUAGACAAGUCCAGUCAAAGGCAACUGACCACAGCCUGUAAUCACUGACCAUGAGGGAAUAUAAAGUUGUUGUUUUAGGCAGUGGUGGUGUAGGGAAGAGUGCACUAACAGUUAAAUUUGUAAGUGGGACUUUCAUGGAAAAAUAUGACCCAACUAUUGAAGAUUUCUACAGAAAAGAAAUAGAAGUGGAUUCAGCACCAUCAGUGCUAGAAAUUCUUGAUACCGCAGGAACAGAACAAUUUGCAUCUAUGCGAGAUCUGUAUAUUAAAAAUGGACAAGGUUUUGUUAUUGUUUACAGCAUAACAAGUUUACAAACAUUUCAGGACAUAAAAACAAUGAAAGAACAAAUACAGAGGGUGAAAGGCAUUGAUGAUAUACCAAUGAUAUUAGUUGGGAAUAAAGCUGACUUAGAUCAUCAAAGAGAAGUGCCAUCAAGUGAAGGUGCUUCAUUAUCUCUUGCGUGGGGGUGUCCCUUCACAGAGACAUCAGCCAAAGUUACACAAAAUGUAAAUGAAGUUUUUAUUGAAAUAGUGAGAGAAAUGAACACUAGUCCUGUUAAAGAAAAAAAAGGCUGCUGUGUGAUAGUAUGAAAAUAAGAUCUCAUAGAUGUUUUAAAAUAUUAUAGACACUUCAUUCUCAAGGUCAACAGUAAUUAAAGAGGUCCAAUUGAUUCAUAGGCACAGAUCCAGCUAUCAGCCAACAUUUUCAGUUGUCUCCCUUGAGCACAGCAAACAUUUCCAGUUAUCUCCCCUGAGCACAGCAAACAUUUCCAGUUAUCUCAGCUUUCAUCUUCAUAUUCAACAAUGUAAUCAUCAGCUUUGUUUCAUGGUAUAUAUUAGUAAAGCAGCACACAGGAUCCCAAAUAUUAACAUGAUUCUACAAGAGACAAAAAUUGACAAGCAUUAGUUAGAUAAUCAUCAUUUUAAAGUCAGGAAUUGUAAUUAUCGGAGUUUUAUUUUUGUAUUAGAAUGUAAUGUAUGCAUGAACAUGCAGUUUAUAAACAGUCCAUGAUAAACCUGAAACUUACAAAUGUAAACCCUACCUUAAACCAAUGUAAAUGUAUCAUUUCUUUGUGCCGCAGUUUUAAACCAUAGUAUGUGUAAAUGUUUAGAACAAAAAUUUCGGGAAGUAUAAUUAAAAAAAUGUUUGCUUAUUUUUGGACCAUGACAAAGUGCUUUAUAGUCUGUUUCAAAACCAUUCAUGUAUUUUAAAGUUUACAACAUAGCCAUCACCUAUUAAAUGCAUUAUAAGUGCCUUUAUGGGAGUUAAGGUGUUUCUAUAUUUUCAUAGUCACUGUGGCUAAAUACAUACAAUAACCUUAUUUGUUAAACAAUUGAUUGAUAUGCACCAAAAUAGUCAAAUUUGGCAUGAAUGCUCAGUCAGGAGUAAUACUUAUACAAGUCACUUUUAUUUACUGGUUAAAAUAAAUAAUUUUGGAGGUAGAGUUGUCUCCCUUUGUCAUAAAGAUUUUUAAAAAAUUAUUCUAGAAAGAAAGUCAUAAGUUCUUCUUUUCUUGAAUUUAUCUUCACUGCGUUGCUCCAAUAGAGUUUUUAAUUGUCUACUAUUACUAUUCAUAAAAGUUAUAUUUCAUGGACAAUGAAAAUCUCAUUUGUCUUGUAAUUUUCAAAAUAAUGUCUGUUUGCAAAUUUUCCAGGUCCUUAUCCGAGGAAUUUUUUAAUGCCUUGCACAGUAGAUUUCUUUGUUUAGUUCUAUCUGAGAUGAAAGAUUGAACUCUAAUUAAGAAACAGUAAGCAAGCCAGGAAAAAAUGUUUGAUGCACAUUUUGACUUCCUAAAACUUGAUAAUUUCAGGGGUUGCAAAAAUAUUACUUGUGAAAGUAAAUGUUUGGACAAUCAUAAUGGGAGAUUAUUCACUCCUUGAAAAGAAAUUUAAAUCUGACAAAAUAAAUAACUUAUACAAUCUUCAAGUAUUGUACAAUGUAUUACCCCUGACUGAUGAUUGGUCUUGCAAUGAUUAUUUUACUGUUCUAUGCAAAAUUAUUCUGAAAACAUACUUUAUUAGAUUUAAGCUAACAUUGGUAAAAAUCUAACACAAUAACAUUAAAAAGUUCUUACAACAGAGCCCCCAUGGGUAAUGGGUAAGAUAUAAUAAAAAGGACUUUUUUUACCUUUCAAAGAUAUAGAAAUAUAAAGUUCAUAGGUGAUUUUAUGAGUUAGUCAACAAAUUUUCAGUACAUUUAAUAUUCAUGGUUUAUGACUGAACACUGAUUUAUCUAAAAUUAAAACUUUUGCAUGAAAUGCAGUAAAUUUUGACCCACUAAUCAGUCUUCAUGAUAAUUUUAUGAAAAUUUAAGUUUGUUUCAAUUGGCCUGUAGAAUCUAAAAAUGAUUUUUACAGACCAGAAAACAAUUUUACAAGCCUAGUACACAUUUUUGUUAAGGGGCCAGCUGAAGCCCGCCUCCAGGUGUGGGAUUUUCUCGCUGUGUUGAAGACCCAUCGGUGGCCUUCGGCUGUUUUCUGCUCUUUGGUCGGGUUGUUGUCUCUUUGACACAUUCCCCAUUUCCAUUCUCAAUUUUAAUUGUCACAACUUUAAAUAAAAGCUGAUACAGUUCUUCUAGAGUCAAAUUUUACCUGAACUUUUUCAAUAUCUAUGAUGUAUUUUACACUCAAAUUUUGAAAAUACCAGACUAAAGAAAAGAUUUCCUUUGGUUUUACCAGUAAUUGUAUUACAUCUUCUGGGCAUAAUUCAACAUGAUGCAUGAUUCAAAUAGUUGUCAGAUAAACGACUGUCAAUAAAAAAAAACAAACAACUGUUGUAACCAUUUGCAUAGCUUACAGAAAUGUGAGCAGUCAUUUUUAAUUUCUAAUGUACUUGUUAUUCCCUGCUUUAGUGAUUCAGUAAAGUGUAUAUACCUAAGAUUGCACUUAGAUAUGAUGAAUAGAAUUUAUUUUUCAUCCAAUUUGAUUGCAUUUUCCAAGAAGAUUCUCUUGUCAGAUUGCAGUUUUCAGAACUAGGCAUGCAAGCCAUCAUGGGUAAAUACACUUUUACAUGUAACAUAGAAUAAAGUAACUGAAUCCUUUCAUUAACGGCCAUGCUUGUUACACUUGUUAUUCACUGAACAACAUGUUGUGGUUAUGCUGUGAUUGCAGUGUACACUUUUAAUGUUCUUGGGCAUUGACUAUCAUAUUUUGUGUUAGUGUAUACUUUAUGUCUUUUAUAAAUCAUACUAUAUUGUAAGAUGCAUCAGUAUUCAAAGAACAUUGUUUACAUUUCUGUGGAUCAGAAAAGCAGUUAUAUAUAUAUCAAUAAUUUAUUAUAUGUUCACAGAAUGUCUGUUAAUCCUUAGCACAAAAGCAAUAGAACUACUGUCAGGAAAUUACUUUGUUCUUCAAUUCCAAUAUUUUUAUUCCACAUUGUAAUAAACUGUUCUAAAUUCCUUUUGAACGACUGCAGGAUAUAAAGCUGUAAUACUGGUAAGAUGUAUUUCAAUGAUGAUGAUGAAAUAACUUGUAAAGGUUUAUAUUACAUGUACAUGAUUUGUAACCAAAUGAUAUGAAUCUGAUUGAGAUAUUUUGCUCUCAAAUUUCUGAAAACUCUUUGCUCUAUUUUCUGUUCUAAUAAUCAAAUCAUUAUUAUGCUAACCAAUGAAUAUUCAGCCUCCAAGUAUUUUUAAUGUGUGUAUCAUGAAAAAACUAAGGAUCUCAGAAAUGUCUUCACCACAGAAAGAAUCCUUGUAAGCGUGGCAUGGAAGUAGGAUCUAUAUUUCAAAACAAGAUGCCAAAAGGUUGUCAAAUUCAGUGUUUUUACCUUCUUUUUUUUAUGUCAAAAGGGACCAAAACUCAAAACAUUUUGAAUAUUUAUUUUUAAGUUCAGAAAUCCAAUAAACAUUGUCCAUAUAGGACAUGAAGUUUUACACCAGUCAUUAAGAAAAUGAAUCAGAAAAGAAUAAGAAAAUUUCUUGAAAAUGAUUAUUCUUCUGUCUAUUAUGCUCAGUUGUCAGAAAUACAUUUUUUAUUUCCUGACAAUUAUGAUAUGUAUUUGUUUUUAUAACAAAGUAGAUAAUUUGAAUGAGACAAUUUUAUUUUGUGUUAUGAUCUAUUACAGGCAUUGAAUGUGUGUAAGAAGUUAUACUAUGUGCUGUUACAUGUAUCCCUCUUGUCUUUCAUUUUGAAUUUUGUCUAAUUGUAGCUAUCAUGUUUUAACUGAUGAUAUUACAGUGUCUAUUAAAUUUUAAAAACUUUUCAUAAGGGAGAUGAUGUAUAAAAAUCAUGCUUGUAAUAAGUUUGCUUUUGUCUACAAAGAUACUGAUUAAGUAAAGACUUGAACAGUGUAAUGAUACCCAACAUUACGUAGUAGCAGAGUUGUAAUGUUUCUGAAUUGUCAGUCUAAUGACGACUGAAGAAGCUCUCAUUGGAUGGAAUCAAUUUGGAUGCAUAUUCCACCCAUGAAAUAGACCCGUGUUUGUAUUAAAGGAGUUCCAUGUUGAUUCAAUUCAUUGAAAACAGUUGAAAUUGUUCAGUCCUUUCAGAAUUAUUUUGAUUUAUUGAUAAAUGUAUAAAGCGAUAUAUUUACAUUUAAAAUAUCCUGGAAACAACCCUUGUUCAACAUUGUGGUGUUGCAUAUCAUUUUACAUUACAAUUUGAAAUAUUGUAUAAAAUUGUAUCUUACAACAAUGAUUACUCAAUUUAGUACUAAAUACUAUUUUGAUGUUACAGAUUUUUAUGAUAGCUUUGAAAAAUCUGUUUCAAGAAUAUUAGAGUUUAAUAUUCAAAUUCUAGUAGGUUUCAACAACUUUUAGAUUUUGACAUUGUUCAGGAGAGAUUUUUCUUUCUUCUUCGACCCUCAAGAAGUUAUAUCACAGUUUAAAAAAACCUUCAGCACAACAAUGUAACAAAUUGAUAAACUCAUCAAUUAAAAAGGGAAGUGUUGUAUGUAAUUAAUACCACACAAUGUAACAUAUGUAUUCAUGAGUUCAUUCAUUAAAAAGUGAACUGUUCAAUGCUUACAUGUCAUAUUUGAAUUAGAAUUGCAGUUUCUCAAUUUCAAGAUAGUGAAUGUGUUGAUUGAAAGAAAAAUCAAGUGUAAACAAAUGUAAGGUCAUCAACAUUAUUACCUCCCUUGUAAUGAAUAUGUAUUUAUCAUUAUUAUACAAGUAUAACCUUUAAUAUUAUUUCAUUAUGUGAAUCAUGCUACAAAAUUCAGUUAAAACUGUUAUAUACAUGUAUCUAAGUUUAAAUGAUUAAGUUUGCUAUCAAUUGAUAUGUUGAAUGAACUAAAGUGUAUGAGACAUUUUGUUUAGUUUUUAUGAACUGAGUUGUACAAAAGACAUUUCUCUUUUUUAUACAGUAUCAUUCUUUUUACUCCAUUACUUAGAUAUUCUGUAUAGCAUAUGUAAUCAUUGUAUUCCACUGCAGAUACUAGAAAUUCAUUAUACUGCACACACAUUAAACAAUCAUGAAACACACUCUAUUGUAAUAUGUUGUUAUUAAUUUAAACUUCCUACAAUUCCUAAAACGUUGUACUUUAACAAAUAUUUUUCUGACAAGGGUAUUACACAUUUACCCAAAACUUUGGAUGGUUUCUGAAGUCAUUGGAUUGACUUAUCUCAUUUAAGAUCUCUAUAUUUUCUAUGAUAUUGUUUAUAUUUUUUUACAUGUAUCUGUUUUAAGUCCUUUGAACAACUGUUUGAUUUUUUAUGUAUGGGUGAAAGAUGGUAAAGCAAGUCAAACUUUAUUAUAUUUCCAUGGCAAUUUUACUUUAGUUGAAAAUUUAUUAACAGAAAGUUAAUAUUUUAUUUAAGUCAACCAAUACAAAACAUUUUGAAAAGUAAACAAAUAAUCGGACAUAGUAAUAGUGUUUGUAUGUCAGUUCAUUUGACACUUCUCCUUAGACUGUGCCCCUGAAAUGUAUGUCGAUUCAUCAGUACGCUGCUCCUUAGACUGUGCCCCUGAAAUGUAUGUUGGUUCAUCAGACACUUCUCCUUAGACUGCCCCUGAAAUGUAUGUUGGUUCAUCAGACACUUCUCCUUAGACUGUGCCCCUGAAAUGUAUGUCGGUUCAUCAGACACUGUGCCAUUGAAACCUUAAAACACUUUGUAGGAAUGUUGUCAUCAUGUGUGCUCACCAUGGGAUUCCACCAUUUUGAUUUGACAAUUUUUGUGUGAUUGAUUAGACUUGGACUAUUUUUGGCUUAUUGAAGCAUAAUUAAUUCUUGUUAAUACUAAACCUGAGACCACUUUAAUUGAUUUACACACAUAUGAGACCACCUUGUUAAAGCUACACCUGUGAGACCACCUUGUUAAGCUACUAAAUUGACACCAUUUACCCAAAGGUUUCUUACUUAUUAGGAUUGGUUUUUAUUAUAUAUUUAUUGGAGUUUACCUCACUAUACAAUUAUUUUUAUUGGAAAUUUUUGGCUGAAGUAAUGGGACUUGCACCACACUGUAAUCUUUUUUUAUACCUCCUAGCUGCUGAAAUUUACUUACAGUUUGGUCACACAACUAAAUGUAACAACAUUAAAAUCGAGUAUUAUCUAAACAUUUUCACAAUAGUCCCUAAAUUUUUUAAAUGUCAACAUUUCCAAUUUCUGUAAAUUCAGAAAUUAGUAUGUGCAUUUAUUAUUGUGAUUUUUGAAGAAUGGACAAAAAUGCGAGAUAAAUUAUUGCGAUUUCAGGAAAAGCUGCAUAUAGACAUAUAUAUCAGAUAUUAGAAUGCAUCAUUAGCAUUGAUAGAAACCUCACAAUAAUAUCUGAAUUUAAAGUAAAUGGCAACAAUUAGGAGAAUGAAAGAGUUUAGUCCUACCUAUUAGCAUAUUUUUAGUACAACAGUGUAUUUAAGUAUGUAACGGGGGACAUAUCCCUAGUGUAGCUGGUUUUUCAAGUCUACAAGGAACACUUCUCUAUUUUGUACCUGGUAUUGCACAGUCUUUCUUGUAAGUGACAGGGUCAUUUGAUAUUAGCUACAGUGUAAUUGGUGUUUCAUAUUCAACUCUUGUAUAUGCCACAGGUGAAACUUUGCUAUAGUGUGUAGCUGAUGUUCCAGUCUACUUGUGUGUUUGUCAGGGGAUAUCUAGCUACAGCGUGUAGCUGAUGUUCAAGUCUACUUGUGUAUGUGAUGGGGAACAUUUAGCUACAGUGUGUAGCUGAUGUUCAAGUCUACUUGUGUAUGUGAUGAGGAACAUUUAGCUACAGUGUGUAGCUGAUGUUCCAGUCUACUUGUGUAUGUGACGGGGAAUAUUUAGCUACAGUGUGUAGCUGAUGUUCCAGUCUACUUGUGUAUGUGACUGGGAAUAUUUAGCUACAGCGUGUAGCUGAUGUUCAAGUCUACUUGUGUAUGUGAUGAGGAACAUUUAGCUACAGUGUGUAGCUGAUGUUCCAGUCGACUUGUGUAUGUGACAGGGAAUAUUUAGCUACAGUGUGUAGCUGAUGUUCCAGUCUUCUUGUGUAUGUGACGGGGGAUAUUUAGCUACAGUGUGUAGCUGAUGUUCAAGUCUACUUUUGUAUGUGAUGGGGGAUAUUUAGCUACAGUAUGUAUCUGAUGUUCCAGUCUACUUGUGUAUGUGACGGGGAAUAUUUAGCUACAGUGUGUAGCUGAAGUUUCAGUCUUCUGAUGUAUGUGACUGGGGAUAUUUAGCUACAGUGUAUAGCUGGUGUUACACAGUCUACUCUUGAUUGUGAAAAGUCAUUUGGCUAUUGUGUGUAUAUAUGGCUGGUCAAAUUUACUACAGUGUUUAGCUGGUGUUCCACAGUUAGUUACAGUGUUGUUUGUUUUCAAUGAUUCAAUCUUGUUUGUGACAAGGGACAAUUUACUACAGUGAAGUGUGUUCCACAGGCUUACUCUUGUGAUGACAGGGAACAAUUUACCACAGUGUAGCUGGUGUUCCACAAGUCUACUCUUGUUAAUGACCGAACAAUUGACCACAGCUGGUGUACCACUGUCCAUUCAUGUAUGUGAGAAAGCUCAUUUGGAUACGACUUAGCAAUCUUGUAGUUAUAAGAAGUAAUAUUUUAAAUUAUAAUUAUUUCAUCAGUUUAAUUCACAUUUAUAGCUUAAAUAGUUAUGACAAGUUUACUUUUAUUGUUGUUCGAUAAUUAAUAAAAAAUUAUGGUAUUGCAUUUUUCAGGCUAGAAUCACCUUUUAAAACACUUAUUUUUUUAGAAAAUAAGAAAUAUUAUAUUAUGUAAGAAAGUUUUUAUUAAUUUCUCAGUAUUCAAUUUGAAGCUGUGCAAACAGCAAAUGAUUUACCAUGAAAACAGCACAUGCAUAUAUAUCUUAAACCCAUGCAUAAAUACUUGUCAUAAAGCUUAAAAACAUGCAUGUAUUUUACAUUUGAAGAAAUAUGAAUAUGUCCAUCUGCAUUUAAUGCAAAGCUUGUUUUAUAUAGACCACCAUUGAUAUUGUAAUAACUGUUGGGAUUUGUAUAAAGGGAAAUCUCAGUAUUAAUUAUAAACAUAUUCUUUA